AUGAACUACGAUGCUACACCCUCCGCCUUUGACUCCAUGACACGGGAACCGACCGGAUCUAUUAUCAUGUUGUCGCUGCGGCGGAGACUCGGCGGCUACAAGUCGUUUCGCGACUUAGCUUCAUGCGGUGACUCGACUCUUGCCAUUACCGUCAACACUGCUUGCAUAUUUGCAAGUUGUAUUGCAGUGAACAAAGCCUUCCGAGUCGACUUCAACAUUAUGUCAAGCCUUCACCGAUACUCGUGGUGGCAUUACGCUUCUGAUGCCUGGUAUCGGCCUGGAAUGCAGGCCAGCGACUUGUCAUCCGCUCUUGACCCAAUAUGCCCCAACCCUACGGGUACCCGCACCAUCUCUAGCCCAGAUGCUGACACCUGA